GACGAUUUAAACAUAUUUUCUACGUUGUAACGUUAUUUCUAUGAAAAUAAAUGUUGGUAUAAAUAAGUCGAAGUCUUUUUAGCAUACGCUUAUUAUAACAUAAGACAGUACAGUGUUCACAUGAUUUGCUAUUAUCAUUUUUUUUUGCUUGAAACGUGUACUUGAAACAUUGAAAUAAAGAAAUGUGCGAGUGUUAUUAACACUUUUUAUCUUUAAUUUACAGAAAUCAUGUUUGAGCUCCAGGAUUCUAACUCAAAGAUAAAUUUGUUAUUUACAAUGGAUGAAAAUACAGUGCAAGUUGUGCCGACGAAUCAAUCCGGCACCAUUACAAUAGAUAGCAACGGAUAUAUUUACGGAAUACCCACGUGCGUUACAUCAUGUGACACUGUAGAUGAUACUGAAAUCAGCAACGCAUAUAACAGCGGUGCUACAAACUUUUUAAGCGCUGAUGCAAUGGACAUGACAGGGUACGAGCAAGUACCAAAUGUUGCUGACUCGUCUUCGAUUAUGGAAAUGUACAACAUAAAGGACAAAGACCUAGCGGAUGCUGCGGCAAAGGCUAUGGUAGACGGGAAUAUGACGCCUUUAAUUAAGGAGGAACUUAAGUGCUCCAUUCAGUCAAAGAGAUUGAAAGCUGGAAAACCAGAACUGAAAGUAGAAUUCACAGAUCCAGAACCGUGCCAGUUAACGGAAACAGAGCAGAUGAAUGUAGAAAAAAGAAAAAUCCAGAAUCGGUUAGCAGCGCAAAGGUUCCGUAAUAAACAGAGAAAAAGAGGGGACCAGCUACACAAGGUAAGGUGGCUGAAUCUGGACCGAGUACCAGUAAAGAUGGGUUCAGUUGAAUUUUAAAUGAAUUGAUGAAUU